AAGGGAGGUUGGCAUGGAAGAGUUGGUGGAUGCUGAUGAGUACCUUGUUCCUCACCAAGGAUUCUUUGGGUCUGAAGAUCCUACGCUGGAACAUCGCAGUAGAAUCUCAUCUACACAGAGCACAAAUGAGAAUGAUCGACCAUUGUUGGAUGGAACAGCUCCCGCGGUCCCUCUGGCUCGCACCUUGUCACAUGAAUCUGCUGCCAGUGGCUCUGAUGAUCUUAGUGACAGGGACAAUGUGUUUGAUUCACCUCCAAGAGAUAACAGCCUUAGACGCAGGUACUGCGAGGAUCCAACAGAACUUGGCGGAGUUGAUGUGAUCGAUGGAAGGAUGAUGGACUUCAACAGUUGUACAUCUCCAGCACUUCCUGCAUACCCCUCAGAGUAUGUAAACCAAAGAGAACCGAGAAGAAGUCGCUCAUCAGUGAAGACACCAAGAACAUCGGUUUCCACUCUGGAAAGACAGAAGGGACAGGUGUGCAGGAAUGGCUUUAUCCGAGAGCCAAUGAGCCCAGCAGCCAUAGCUGCGGUGGAGAAUCCAGACUAUCUCCCCCCACCAGGACUACAAGCACCAAACUUUUUCCCUCAAGCUUUUGACAAUCUUUAUUACUGGAACCACGAACUCAACUCCUCGAGAGGAGAACAGGAUCCUAACCCAGAACCCAAUGGAUUCACCACUCCAACAGCAGAAAAUCCAGAAUACUUGGGACUAGAUGGGGCAAUUCUG